GUUAACUUUGAUAGUACCCACGCAAAAUAAUCUUUAUUACUCUUCUCACGCUGAUGGCUUUACAUCCAUACAUUUUAUGGCAAAAUGUCGUCCAUUGAAUGUGAAAUAACAUCUUUAAACACUCUUAAUGAGAGCGAGCUGGACGCAUCGUCAGCUCGUAACAAGAAAAUCAUGAAACAAACGAACGCAUUCAGAUUACGAGAAGAAGAAGUUAUCUGCGGUUGGAAAUUCAAAAUGCAGUUCUUGGGCUGCAGCGAAGAUUUGAAAUUAGGCGGAACAGAUCACGAGCUAGCAAAUUUAAUACACGACAUUCAUGCAUUGUACAAGGAAAAAAAUGCUAAUAUAAGAAAGGCUCCGUCAGUAAUCGUGACUGUUAACACACAAUGUAUUAACAUUUCUGGGAAUGACGAAGAUGAUGUAUUGUACACCUUUCCAUUGGUUUAUAUCAAAGAUGUUACUACAGGAGUCGAUAUUGCACCUUACUCAAGAACAUGUGUGCUUGUUGCAAAGGAACAUUCCAAGCUUAAAUACAGGGCUUUCGUAUUAUUCAGCAAGAGCUCGGCGAGGGCUGCUGAAUUUAUUGUUUUACAACCAGCGCCUUUCAUUUUGGUCUCAAACGCAUGGAGAAUUGCAGCUUCAGUUCGUUUUCAACUGCCGAAGAGGCGAUGGGCGGUGCGUCCGUAAGCAGUUGCAGCAGCCAUGAAGAAAGCCCUCGAGAUGAUGGAAGUUUUUCUGAAGGAGCAGUCUUCGAUACGGAACAUCCAAAUACGGAGGAGGAAUUUGGAAAAAUAACAACCGAAUCUGAAAAACUUUUGAAUGAGUCAUCACAGCAUACAGUGACUGUACAGUUCAAACCUUCUCCGGUUAAAACAGAAGCGCAUGAAAAACAACAGAUAAAAUUUAAUUUAGGCCUCAACGAUAAUAAAGAAAGUCUUUUUCGAUCAAAAGCGGACCCCCUGCGCACAAUUCAAGAAUCCACACGUAUCCUUCUCCCAAACUGGCUACGAAGAAAACUUCAAAAUUUUUCCACGCAACCAUCCUCAGAAGAAAUGAUUCAAAGCGUUUAAACUAAACUUUUAAACUAAACAUUUUUAAGUUAAAACAUUAUCAAACUAACUGACUUUGCUAUGCGCUGACCUGCCGGCAUUUGGCUGGUAUCAGUGCGACAUCAUUUUCGGAACUGAUACGAUUUAUUGGACAAUUACAAUAUCUUUCCCAUCAUGCAUGGCGGCAAAUGUAAGCUUAUCAACUAUGUGAUAAAUUUAUACUAUCGUUCAAUCAGUCAUUCAUUAAGGGAGUAAAAUAAAAUUAUACCUAAGAUUACGAAA